UAUCAUAUACGUCAGCAUUAUUGCUUGUUUUACAGUUGUUCAUUUUACUUAACCUAGUUAGCUACGUACCCAGUUAGCCACUUGGCAGUCGUUAAUUCUAGUAGUGUGCAGACACUUGAGCUAACUAGGUUGAUUCAUCCAGAAUAGUUCAUUUUGCAGUUCUUGUUCCUUCAAAAUCAUUUUGUAUUAAUUAGGAAACCUCAACUAACAAAGUCCUGAAGUGAAUGAACCAAUUUUCAGCCAUAUUUAACUUCCAGAGCCUGUUGACAGUGAUCCUGCUACUCAUUUGUACCUGUGCCUACCUAAGAGCCAUGACUCAGAGUCUCUUGGACAAGAACAAGACAGGGUUCUUGGGUAUCUUCUGGAAAUGUGCCAGAAUAGGUGAGAGGAAGAGUCCGUAUGUGGCUGUUUGUUGUGUCGUCAUGGCCUUCUCCAUCCUCUUCUCUGAAUAGCAGCUAGCCACAACGCACGCUAAGAACUGGCAUUCCUAGUGGAGCGCUAAAGAAGACGGAGUCCCCCAGGAGUAACAGAAACGUUAUGACUCCUCUCUCACAGAGGCCUGAAUGGGGGACAGCUGUUUCCCGUAGUUUCACUUUAAUGGGGAUUAAACACAUGGAGAACAACACAAGCCUCACUCCGCUGUCCCUCCCUCUCCAUCUCUCCCUGUGCCCCUAUAUGCGUUUCUCAUCCCGGGGGCCAUUUUUCAAACCAGCCUCGAUAGGACAGACCUCUCUAUAAACACUGACAGUUAUUGCUGUUUGUUUCUGUUGUUGCGGUGACCUUCUGUGAUGUAAUCCGUAGGGAUUGCCCCAUGUCUUUCACUGCACUCUGAGGGGUAAUGAGGACCAUGUGGUCGAUGGACAGAGGUUGGGGAGCAGUGAUUGAUAGUUUAUUCCUUUGUGUUUUUCUGUACAUGAAAUGCCCUGUGUUGACUGAUUGUUGGACCGAUGUCUGACUUGUCCCUUAUUGUUUUACCAUUGAUCACAGGGGCAAUGCCAUAAAAAACAAGAUCAAUGAGCUGGCAUUUUCUCAGUCUAUUUUUAACAUUAGAAGUUCUGUUUAUUCAGAUAAUGCGUAUUAGAUAAGGAUUAACUAGCUAACUGAUCGAUCCUUCUUGAUGAAACACAACCCUGUGGUUUCCUUCCUGGUUGUCAUUAUUUCAUUCAUAAUCUAUUAGAUUAGGGGCUGGUUUAAAAAAACACUGAACAAAUAGAACAGACACAUAAUUGACUUUAAUGGGGACUCCUAUUAUUUCUGUUUCUAUUAAUCCAAUCCUGUUCUAUAGGCCAGGUAGAUAAUGUUUGAAAAACUGGCACCUGAUGAUUGUGCAGCCUGACUGAAACCGCUACUACAUGGAAUGAGCCUAAUAUCACCAUGACAACACUACAGCCAAACUGUGAUUCCUUUUCGAGCAAAGACAACUGUUCUCAACUGA